CCCUGGAAUGAGAUCAGAUGUAAGCUCUUCUCCAUCCACAACCUCAGCAACUACGGGACCACCUCCCAAGCUCUGUCUUGUCUGCUCUGACGAGGCCUCGGGGUGUCAUUAUGGGGUUCUUACUUGUGGCAGCUGCAAAGUGUUCUUCAAGAGAGCUGUGGAAGGGCAGCACAACUACCUGUGUGCUGGGAGGAAUGACUGCAUCAUCGACAAAAUUCGGAGGAAAAACUGCCCAGCGUGCCGCUACCGCAAGUGUCUCCAGGCGGGAAUGAACCUCGAAGCUCGAAAAACCAAGAAGAAGAUAAAAGGAAUCCAGCAGGCGGGUGCAGCGGGAGCACGGGAUGCUUCGGAAACGCCUGGAAACAAGAGCGUUGUCCCCGCGUCGCUGCCACAGCUGACCCCAACCCUGGUGUCUCUGUUGGAGGUGAUUGAGCCGGAGGUGCUGUACUCGGGCUACGACAGCACACUGCCUGACUCCAGCUGGCGCAUCCUCUCCACUCUCAACAUGCUGGGAGGGCGGCAGGUUGUGGCUGCAGUGAAGUGGGCGAAGGCAAUACCAGGUUUCCGAAACUUACAUCUGGAUGACCAAAUGACCCUUCUGCAGUAUUCAUGGAUGUUCCUAAUGGCUUUUGCCUUAGGAUGGAGAUCAUACAAACAAUCAAAUGGGAAUCUCCUGUGCUUUGCCCCAGACCUGAUUAUUAACGAGCAGAGAAUGAAUCUACCAUGUAUGUAUGAACAGUGCAAACAUAUGCUCAUGGUUGCCCGAGAGCUGUCACGGCUUCAAGUCUCAUACGAAGAGUAUCUCUGCAUGAAAACGUUGCUUCUCCUCUCUACAAUUCCUAAGGAAGGCCUGAAGAGUCAAUCUUUAUUUGAAGAAAUCCGUAUGACAUACAUUAAGGAGCUGGGAAAGGCCAUAGUGAAGAGAGAAGGGAAUUCGAGCCAGAACUGGCAGCGGUUCUAUCAACUGACUAAACUGCUGGACUCUAUGCAUGAUGUGGUUGAAAAUCUUCUGAGCUUUUGCUUCCAGACAUUUUUGGAUAAAUCCAUGAGUAUUGAGUUCCCAGAAAUGUUGGCAGAAAUCAUCAGCAAUCAGAUACCAAAAUAUUCAAAUGGAAAUAUCAAGAAGCUCUUAUUUCAUCAGAAGUGACUGCCUUAAUACAAAAGGGUUGCCUUAAGAAAACGUCAAAUGAUAGCUUUUUUUUUUGUAAAGAAAAAACCCUACAGACCUUGUUGGUUGUGUCCUUGCAGCGGUGUUUCUUUUGUAAUUAUGCACUACAUGUGGUUUACAGAGGGCCAAGAGUUAGGCUGGAGGAGCGGCGGAUUGCUCACAUUGGGAAAGGAGUGGGGAGAAGGGCAAGGAAAAGGAAUGGUGUUGGUCAGAAAUUCUCUCUCUCCCCUCAUGCAACAUCCCUGGAUGCGUCGGAGCCAGCAGGGCCAGGCUGGGUGCUCCGGACACUGUGCUGGUGGAUGAGUUGCUGCAGUUGGCUGAGACAAUUUUCUAGGCUUUUUUUUUUUUUUUUUUUUGGGUUUUUUUUUUUAGUCAAGUGUUUUGGAUUUAUUUUUUAAGGUAGCGUUUGGUUCCUGCAUGUGUAACCUGAGGAACGUUUACAAGUGUAUAUCGGAAAAGGGAAG